AUGGAUAAACUUAUUCUUUUAAUUUUUUUGUUACAAGGUGUUUGGUGUGGAGAUUGGAGCGUCAGUCUGCCAGAGAAGAUUGAAGCUCUGAGUGGAUCCUGUGUGACCAUAAACUGCACAUUUGAUAUUUAUAACAAAUAUGACAAUGAUCUAACUGACAGUGCUGCAGGAGUGUGGUUUAAAGAUGGGAUUGACUUCCUAAAAAAUGUAGUAUUUAACUCCAGUAGGACCAAUCUCUAUGUUAAAGGGGAAAUAAUUGGAAAAUUAAAAAGCAAGGACUGUACCACCAUCUUUUAUAAUGUUACUUCAAAUUACAGUGGUCAGUUUUUCUUCAGGAUUGAGGGUAAUGGUGGACUGAAAAUUACCUUUUCAAAAAAAUCUGCUUUAAUAAAUGUUAUCGACUCUCCCCCCAAUCCCACAGUGCAGAUGUUUAAGGAUCAGAUGGAGGUUGAGGUUCAUGAGGAGGUGUUAGAGGGGAGCUCUAUGUGUCUGGGCUGCUCUGCUAAGACUCUCUGCUCUUCUUCUCCACCAACUCUCACAUGGAGCUCCACUGACAGACUCCACCUCAAUGAGAGCAGCAGACUACAGCUGGAUCAACAGAAACAAACUGAGAUCAUCUCUGAUCUGAACUUCACUGCUACUCACCUUCAACAUGGAGUCACUUUCAUCUGCACUAUAACCUACCAGAUACAGCAGAGGAACACAACAGCACAGAACAACAUCACAUUACGUGUUCAGUAUCCUCCUAAAAACACAUUAGUGUCUGUGUUUCCAUCUAACUCUGUACUGGAGGGCAGUUCAGUGACUUUGAUCUGCAGCAGUGAUGGAAAUCCAGCAGUGUUCAACUACACCUGGUACAGAGAGAAUGGAGGACAGCUGGAGGAGCUGCAGACUGGAUAUAAUCUCACCUUCAAUGUGACUGAUCGUACACACACAGGACGCUACUACUGUCAAACCAAAAACCAACAUGGUACCCAAAACACAUCAGUGUUGCUGGACAUUCAGUAUGCAGCCAAAAUCUCUCUCUUCAGCUGUAACAGAACUGAUAUAACUGUGUGUUUGUGUGAGGCUCAUGGGAAUCCCUCUCCUAAAGUGGAGUGGCAUCUAUCAGGACGUCCUGUCAGUAACUCUACAAACACAUUCAUCAGUGAGGAGCGAUUGAGCAGCACAGACUUGAGGAGCUUCAUUACUCUCCAUCAGUCACUUACACACACAGACACUCUGCAGUGUGUCAUCAACAACACUCACAGCACUGCCAGUAAACAGAUUCAACUGGUUGCCAGUCCUCAGGAGAUGACACGCCACAGCGCCCCUGUCUCACUGGCUCCAUCAGCUGCUUCCUCCCCUGCACCGUCGUCCUGUUCGUCUGCCUGUUACCCUGCCACUGUCUCCAUGUCGUCCCUGAACUCUCUUCCCUUUCCUACCAGCCCUGGUUCGCCUCAUCCUGCUUCUUUGCUUGCCCCAUGGAACUCUGCCCCGGCCCAGUCUGUUUCCCUUGUCACUCCUGCUGCUGCCCUGUCUCAGUUUGUCCUCCCUGGAACUGUCUCUUGUGUGUCUACACCCAAGCCUGCCCUCAAGACCCCUAAAAAGGCCACCCGUUCUCCUCGUCCACAGCCCUCACCUAAACCCCCUGGACCUAGUACUCCUGCCCCGCCCAGUCCCAACCCAUCUGGACCUCUCCUCAUUGAGCAGCAAGCUGAAGGUUCAAAAUGA